CUCGAACUCGCUUGUUUCCUGCCCUUUAUCUACAGUAUCUGCCCGCUUUUGAGAGCAUCCGAUCAAACGUUCGUCCUGGCACGCUUCCUGUAUAGGAAAGCACGGUGAAAACUCUUGACGCGUCUUGGCGUCCCGCUCCGCUCUCCUUACCCAUCUAUCUGCUUCACCUAUCUAUCUUAUUCAAUCGGAUGGCUUGUAACGAGAGGACGAAGCUGAUAGAGCAUCGCGAUGAAGAACGACACGUCGGGCAACAUCCCCACUUGGAUCAAGAAGUUGCAGUCGCACUGCAGAAGUCAGAAGAUGGUAGACGGUUGUUGGAGUAUGACGACCUUCCGCACUCUUGGAAGAACAACCCGUUUGUCGUGCACGGUUAUCGAUUCCCAGUUCUCGUAGCUUCCGUAUUUAUGGCUCAUAACGAGUUUCUCAACAUCCAAACCCACCUGUUGCCGCUCCUAUUCUGGGUUCUUACAGUGCCAGAAACGAUUGCCGAAACGAUCUUCACCGUCUGCGUUCUGAUCUGUUUGGCAAGCAGUGUGGUCUGGCAUACGAUGGCAGGAUGUGCGCACUAUGAGACUUUGGUAUUCUGUGCGCGACUGGACUACAUCGGCAUCGGAUGGCUCAUUUCCGCAUGCACCGCCAACAUCGUCCUUUACGCAUUCGACGAUCGAAUCCUACUGCAAUGGGCUUUUCUUGGUCUGUCGUUUGUCACUGCGGUUAUGGGCAGCAUCCUCCCGUUCAUGGACUGGUUCGACCGCCAUCACAACCGGCUCUGGCGAUUGGCGUUUUUCAUUUCGUUGGCGUGCGUGACCGCCAUUCCAUUGCUUACCUAUUGGACUCUUGAGGGUUCGGCCAAGAUGCUCCAUUUCCUUUUGCCCGCCUUACCGACCGCCGGAUGGAUCAUCUUCGGUGCAUUGCUCUAUGCCGCCCACGUCCCCGAAAGAUUUAUCGACCCAUCCAAAGAUCUGGCGCGUUUCAUGUGUGCACUGGGUGCUACAUCUCAUGCUCUGUGGCAUGUGUGUAUAGUCGUUGGGUUGGCCCAUUGGCAAGGCGCAUUGCGUUUCUGGUCAAUUGGCUGUCAAUAGACAUCGAUUCGAAAUCAGGAUGCUCAUACUGUAUACAUAGUCAUACCCUCUGAGCUCUAAUAUCUAUAUAAUGAUGUAUUGAUUUAUUAUAGUCUAGUUUUUGGGCUUGUGCAGUACGAUACAUUCUGUGGCAAUUCUUCCUGCCGACUGCCAGCAAUCAUUCGCAGGUUAGUGACAGCAGUAGAAGUGGUCUAAACGAGAACUUGCCGUGGGACAUCGCGCAGCGGCGCAACAGCAGACUCCGAGUCACAAAUUACAGCUCAUGAUUAAUCAUUAGCGACAAGGUUCCUUGAGCUCCGCGUCCGGGUACAGGUGUUCAUCAUGUU